GGCAUACGCACGGUAUAGUUGCCUUUUUUUCUUGUUUUAAUGGGUUUGACAAUUUCAGUUUGACUCUCCAAAGGUGCCACUGUUUUUCUUCUGUGUGAUGAGUUUUAGAGUUUUAGCACUCUUGAUUCAGCUGUGGCAAGGGGCUAGGAAAUGGCUGCUGUAGUUUCACCUACGCAGCCGUCUGGUCAUUACUGGCGUGGUACCACUGUGGGUCUGAUUCAGUUCAAAGUUUCUUAAAAAUCACAGACAUGUUGGGUCUCACUACAUUGUGUGAAGCUGUUCCGUUUCUAUUUCCUGCUUGGGAUUGUGGGUUGAUGAUUUGUUGUUGAGGGAGAGAUGGCGGUGGAGCAGAGCUUCAUGUUGCUCAAAACUUUCUUGAUUCUCACUGCUCUCUCACUCCAAGUAUCUGCAGGAUUCAAUCUGCCUUCUUGGAGGGCUGCUUCAGUACUUCUACACUUCAAACAAGAUCCUGCUUCCCACAAUUCAUCAGUUUCCACAAUCUUUGGAUGGAAGAGACAUUCAAUCCUCACUGUAGAAAAAGCAAACCGCAAUCCACAACCGUUGGAUUAUCCACCGAGAGAAGCGCCCAAUCCACACGAGAUCUUCAACCCAUCCCACUAUUCGGAUGCACCUUCUAAGCCUACGUUUAGGCAACAUUUUAUGAAAUGGAUGCACAGAUUUGCAUUUCCUCCUUCAUAUUCGGUUUCUAAACACAAUCGAGGGAGAAACAGAUUGAGCAAGUUUGCUCCCGGGCCUAGCUCACAAGGGCAUUGGCAUUCGAUCUCUCCGUCUCAGUCUCCAUUCCCUUCAUCAGCUAGUGAUUCACUAGCACCCGAGCCAUCAAGCCAUUUCAAUAUGCCCGCACUACAGCCAACGAGUCAGAGUUCUUGGAACGAUAAAAAGAUUACACCGCCACCAUUGCCACUCUUGACACUACCACCUCCGCCUCCUAAUCAAGAUUGUGCAUCGGUGAGGUGCACUGAUCCUCUAACAUACACGCCUCCCGGAUCACUGUGUGGUUGUGUGAGGCCUAUUGAAGUUGGGCUCCGCCUUAGUAUUGCCUUAUAUGCACUUUUCCCCCUCGUUUCUGAGCUUUCUAAGGAAAUCUCCGCUAGCAUUUUGCUAAAACGAGGUCAAGUACGCAUCAUGGGAGCAAACGCUGUCAAUCAGCAGCUCGAGAAAACCAUCGUACUUGUCAACUUGGUUCCCACCGAGGAAAACUUCAAUUCUACCACUGCAUUUGCAAUCUAUGAUAAGUUCUGGAAGAGGGAGGUUUCCUUAAACAAAUCGCUAUUUGGUUCCUGUGACGUGGUUUAUGUUCGCUAUCCAGGAUUGCCACCAUCUCCGCCUUCACUUCCUUCAUCCGGUGCUUCCAUUGACGACCAACCCUAUCCUGGCAACAACAGAGAUGGAAGUAGAAUAAAGCCCUUAGGAGUAGAUGUAUCGAGGCCAAAAAAGAAUGGUACGGGGAGAAAUAUGAUUAUCGUAAUAGCUCUAUCAUCUGUGACAGCCUUUGUUGUUUGCGUGGGAGUUAUUUGGCUUCUGUCUCUAAAACUCGGAGGUCGUACUUAUCAGGCUGUGCAACCUCCACAUAAUUCAGCACCUUCUCACGGGAAAGCAUCAGGUGGUGUUGGCUCUUUAACGAUUGGAAGUAAGCCGAGCUUAACAUCAAUGUCCAUCAAUUCGAGCCUUUUAGCUUAUGCUGGAACUGCUAAAAUUUUCAGUGCAUACAAUAUAGAAAAAGCAACUGAUAACUUCAAUGCUACAAGGAUCCUCGGGGAAGGUGGCUUUGGACUAGUAUACAGUGGCUCUCUCGAUGAUGGAAGGGAGGUAGCGGUGAAGGUUUUGAAGAGAGAUGAUCGGCAUAGCAGCCGUGAGUUUUUGGCAGAAGUCGAGAUGCUAAGUCGUCUGCAUCACAGAAACUUGGUAAAACUCAUAGGGAUCUGCACGGAGGAUCAUUGCCGUUGCCUGGUCUAUGAACUUGUUCCCAACGGGAGUGUGGAAUCGCAUUUACAUGGGGUUGAUAUGAAGGCUUCUCGGCUUGAUUGGUAUGCUAGAAUGAAGAUUGCACUCGGUGCAGCUCAAGGAUUGGCGUAUUUGCACGAGGAUUCAAACCCCCGUGUAAUACACCGGGACUUCAAGUCGAGCAAUAUACUCCUAGAGCACGAUUUUACUCCAAAAGUGUCGGAUUUUGGAUUAGCUAGAACAGCAUUGGAUGAGGGAAAUAAACACAUCUCAACUCAUGUUAUGGGUACUUUUGGGUACCUAGCUCCCGAAUAUGCAAUGACGGGCCACCUCCUUGUGAAAAGUGAUGUGUAUAGUUACGGUGUAGUCCUCCUCGAGCUUUUAACUGGACGAAAGCCAGUGGAUUUAUCACAACCCCCGGGACAGGAGAAUCUCGUUGCAUGGGCUCGCCCUCUCCUCACAACCAAGGAAGGUUUAGAAAUGGUUAUUGACCCGGGUAUGGAGUCAGACGUUCCGUUUGAUAGUGUAAUCAAAUUUGCAGCAAUCGCAGCCAUGUGUGUACAACCAGAAGCCUCUCACCGCCCCUUUAUGGGCGAAGUCGUUCAAGCCUUGAAACUCAUUUGCAACGAGUUUGAUGAGACGAGAGAGCCCAUGUCGAGAAGCUGCAGCCAGGAGGAACUUUGUAUUGAUAUGGAGGAUAGCAGAGAAACGGGCGAGUUUGUGGAAGCUUCACGGGCCCAUGAAGCAAUCUCCAUAUACGAUUCCUCUUUCGACGCUAAGAUACCAUUGUCAGCUGGAGAUUUGAAGAGUUCAUCAGCUAGACUGGAAGCGCCAGAAUCUGAGCCUAUCAAGCGGGAAUUCUACUCUGCUCCAUUAGGAACGAGCACGAAAAGGAACUUCUGGCAACGGUUGAAAAUCCUGUCGAAGGGGAGCACGAGUGAGGAUGGCUUUUCAUCGAAUCUGUGAUGAGGAUGUUAAAGCCCAACUUGUGUUCUUGAAAAUUGAUGUCUCUUUGGAUUGUUCUUUAUGGGUUCAAGGCUGCUUCCAAGACAAGAAUAGAAGUUGGAAUAUUAUUCCUUGUAUUAAAUUUUUAGCUUUUGGAAUUGGAAGAUGUGAUUAUGUAUGUGAGUUCCCCUCUUCUCCUUGGAUCUUUCACAAGAGACAAUCACCUGUAUGUAUUUCAACUACAGAGGAAAAUCACUUUUGAGACAUUAAAUUA